UAUGCAUGGAGACAGUGGGUUCUACAGAAAAAUGCCCAACUCGAGAAAGUAUCGAAGUCCGGUACGGGCCGUUUAAAACUGUUCAAGACCAAUUUGCUGCAGUGCACACCGGAUGAGCUGAACUACUCACUUUGUCUUUUUGUCAAGGAAGUACGGAAACCGAACAAGGAGGAGUAUUCUCCCGACAGCAUACUUUAUCUAUGUUUGGGCAUUCAACAAUAUCUAUUUGAAAAUGGAAGGAUUGACAAUAUUUUCACAGACAUGUAUUAUGAAAAGUUCACUGAAUGUCUCAAUGAAAUCUUGAUACGUUAUCAACCUAAGAUCAAUGGGAUUGGUCAGCUGGUGUGUCGCAUUGAAGAAGAGUAUCUAUGGGAGUGCAAACAGCUCGGUGCUCACUCACCACAUGUGCUGCUUAAUACACUUAUCUACUUC